AUGGCAUUUGCAGAUGAUCUUAUGCUAUUCUGUAGGGGGGAUGCAAGUUCCGUAGACAUAUGUAUGAAGGCAUUAAAUGAAUUGGAGAAAGCUUCAGGACUGGCCAUAAGCCCAAAUAAAUCUAAAAUGUUUUGUGCGGGUGUGCAGGAUGAUCUAUCUUUUACACGCAUUCCGGUUGAGAGCUUACCGGUGCGUUAUCUUGGAAUUCCACUUGAUGCUCAGAAGUUGAGGGUUGCUAAUUUCUCCCGCAGAUUAGAACUCCUAAACUCAGUUAUCCAAGGAGUUGUUGCCUUCUGGAUUCAAGAGUUUCAGGUACCAUCAACGGUUGUGGACCAUGUUAUUUCUCUGUGUAGGAAUUUUCUGUGGAAUGGAAAGAGGGCAAUGGUGGCGUGGGAUGAUAUCUGUUUGCCUAAAGAGGAGGGAGGAUUGGGUCUACGGAAUAUUAAGAUUUGGAAUGCAGCUGUCCUCUCAAAAUUGAUUUGGAACAUCCAUGAAAGAAAAGAUUCACUUUGGAUCAAAUGGAUUCAUAGUUACUAUCUGCAGGAUAAAGAGUUUUGGACUUGGAAACCCGGAAGAAAUGAUUCAGCACUAAUGAGGAGCCUUGCCAGGAUUAGAGACAUGUUGAUUGGUACAUGUGGAAGCCAGAUGGAAUGUAUUGCAGCACUCAGUAAAUGUAUUGGACCGAAAGGUUUUUCAACUUCUUAUGUGUUUGGGAGGAGGUACGUGCGAGCUUGGGAAUUGAAAGGAAAACAUGUUCUAUUUCGGGUGCACUCAAAUGGGCAUAUAGAGAUGGCCGAGGAUCUCGAAGUUACUCUAGAAUGGGACCUCUAG